AUGGUCGUUCAGAAGGACACGAUCACGGUGACUGGCUUGAAACCCCUCUAUUCCGAGUGGUCGACGAUAAAGCCGUACUUGCCUCCAAUGCCGCCUGAAGAUAUCACCUUCGAUAUGCCCUUCGUAAGAGUUCGGAGUAAACCAGCAUUCGAGGGUGAAAAAUGUCUGCGAGUCGUGGCUUUCCAUGGAAUGCCGGGAAACGGCGAGCACUUCCAAGCUCUCGGAGAAGCACUGGCAGAGACGUGCAACGUAGAUUUCAUCGCUCCGACUUUCCCUGAUCUGAAAUUCACACUGGAGAAACGAGCUUUCUGGCAGUCAACCGAGGAGCGUCUAGCCCUCCUGGAAGUGUUCCUGAAAGCGAUCGAUGUGCGAGAUGUCGACAUCUCCAUAGGUCACUCGACAGGCGGUUGGGCGGCGGUGAAUAUGAGUCUCGGUGUGGGAAAUCUGAAGUCCCGCUCAUUCUGUUUAGUCUGCACCAAUAUACCGCGUUUCAUCCGGUAUAUCGGUCCGAAGUGGUUCCAGGGGAAUUUGUGUCGUGCGCUGCAUUAUAAGUUCAUGGAACCCCUGGUAGUUUUGGCGUACGAGUUGAUAAUCAGUACUUUCCGUCUGCGGAGAAAAAUGACAGCUUUCGACGCCAUGAGCUCUGCCUUCCCCCAAUACGCCAUGAGAUACUGGGAGGAGCAAAAUGCGCCGAGAUCUAUACGGGAAGCUGUAGAGAAAGGAGUUCCCCGAAUGAUGGUAUACGGCGGUCGAGACUACCUGCUCAAGUUGGAAUUCAGUCACUUGUUGGCGAGCGAUCUAGGGAAUCCAGAUCCGAAAAACCAUUAUACCUAUGAGGGGAAGGAAGACAAGCAGCUCAAACUCAUUCAGCAGCCACAAGACGACAGCGACCUCCCGAUCACAGUUCAUUUCACACAAGGAGGCCAUCAUUGCUACCAACAAUAUCCGGAAACUAUGGCAAAGCAUCUUCUGCAGCUCGCGAAUAGGGCAGACUUGUUCCAUCAAGAGUAG